AUGCUCGAGGGUGCGCUGCGCGCGCAGUCGUCGGUGAAACGCGCGGUGUCGCACGUGCAAGACGCGUUCGAGAAGGGGGCGUACUUUCAAUCCGUGACGGACGAACUGCGCGCGCUGCUCGGGUACGACCGCGUGAUGCUGUACCGCUUCCACGAGGACGACCACGGCGAGGUCGUCGCGGAGAGCACGUCGCAGCACGCGCGCGACGCGUUCAAGGGGCUGCACUUUCCCGCGACGGACAUACCGCAGGCGAACAGAAAAAUUUUCAUGUCCAUGCGCAGCCGGAUGAUCGCGGACGUCUCGGGGCCGGCGUCGAAGGUGAGGCAGUGCAAGCGCACGCCGGACGACAUCCUCCUGUCGGACUCGCAGCUCCGCGGGAUAAGCGGGUGCCACGCGCAGUACCUGUCGAACAUGGGCGUGAAGGCGACGCUCGUCGUGUCCGUCGUCAGUUGGGACGGCGGCGGCGACGACGACGGCGGCUCGCAAUCGCCGCCGCAGGAGAAACUCUGGGGGCUUAUCGUGUGUCAUCACUACCAGGGCCCGCACAGGGUGGCGUACUACCAGCGCUCCGCCGCGGAGUUUUUAGUCCGCGUGUUUUCGCUGCAGCUGUCGAGGAUACUUCAAUCGGAGCAGGCGAAGAUCGAGUCGUCGCUUCUGUCGCACCAGGGCACGAUCUGCAAGUCGUUGAAGUACGUCGAGGAGAUGACCGGCAUGGAACCCGGCUCGAGCGCGCUGUUCAAAGUCGCGAACGCGUCCGGGGCGGCGAUGAUCAUCGGCGACACGAUCUUCCACGCCGGCGAGUGCCCUCCGGACGACGAGAUCGCAGCCAUCGUGGCGUGGAGGAGGCUGCCGCUCGGCGGGAUGUGGUCGACGGACUGCCUGUCCAGAGAGGGGAUGCCGAACGCGGAGGCGCUGAAAGCCACCGCGAGCGGCGGCGCGCCCGCGGCGACGAAUAUAUCUCCGGCGGUGCUCGCGUGGUUCCGAGGCGAGUACAUCAAGGAGAACACGUGGGCUGGGGACAAGGACGCGCCGCAGGCGUACCACAAGGGCGUGGAGAUGACCCCGCGGGAGUCGUUCAGGGCGAUCAAGGAGACGCUCACCGCGCAGAGCGAGCCGUGG